GGUCUGCUGGACGGCAGGGUCCGGUCCGCGCGAGCCGCGAUGGAGCUGCAUAUCCUAGAGCACCGGGUGCGGGUGCUGAGCCUCGCCCGGCCCGGGCUUUGGCUCUACACCCACCCGCUCAUCAAGCUGCUCUUCCUGCCCGGCCGCAGUCGGUGCAAGUUCUUCAGCCUGACGGAGACCCCCGAGGAUUACACGCUCAUGGUGGACGAGGAGGGCUUCAAAGAGCUGCCCCCCUCCCAGUUCCUGCAAGUGGCUGAGGCCACAUGGCUGGUGCUGAACGUCUCGUCCCACAGCGGUGCAGCUACAGCAGUGCAGGCUGCCGGGGUCACCAAGAUCGCCCGCUCGGUCAUCACCCCACUGGCUGAGCACCACGUGUCUGUGCUGAUGCUGUCCACUUACCAGACGGACUUCAUCCUAGUACGGGAGCAGGAUCUCUCUGUGGUGAUCCACACGCUGGCCCAGGAGUUCGACAUUUACCGUGAGGUGGGCGGGGAGCCUGUACCCGUUGGCAGGGAUGAGUCCAGCAACGGCUUUCCCCGUGCCCAGCAUGGGCCCAGCCCCACAGUGCAUCCCAUCCAGAGCCCCCAGAACCGCUUCUGUGUCCUCACACUGGACCCUGAGACGCUGCCAGCCAUCGCCACCACGCUCAUAGAUGUCCUCUUCUACUCGCACAGUGCCCCCAAGGAGGCAGCCACUGGCGGUCCUGAACCGAGCUGCAUCCCGUUCUUUGCCUUCUCCCUCAUUGAGGGCUACAUCUCCAUCGUCAUGGAUGCUGAGACCCAGAAAAAGUUUCCCAGUGACCUGCUGCUGACCAGCUCCUCGGGGGAGCUUUGGAGGAUGGUGCGCAUCGGCGGGCAGCCACUGGGCUUUGACGAAUGUGGGAUCGUAGCCCAAAUCGCGGGCCCCCUGGCCGCAGCUGACAUCUCUGCCUAUUACAUCAGCACCUUUAACUUUGACCAUGCACUGGUGCCUGAGGAUGGUAUCGGCAAUGUCAUCGAGGUGCUCCAGCGACGCCAGGAGGCUCUGGGCUCCUGAGCCCCGUGGCAGGGAACACUCUCCACUCGCCACCCCUCAGGCUUCUGAGGUCUUCUCUAAGCUAUCUCCUCAAGCUCUGGGACGAUACCCCCAUUCCUGCUGGGGGACCCUUCGUUCCACUCUCUGUAUGUAAGCUGCUUGCGGGCGCCGGCUCUCACCUGAACACACGUGUACAUCUGCACAUGGAGUAGGAAGGUGCUGGCCCAACUGCGUGUCUGCCCACACAGGGGAACACGGUGCUCAGGGGUUCCACCCAGAAGCCCCCCACCCAGCACUCUCUGCGUGGCCUCAGCAUUUGCACAGUUCCUGCCUGAGGCCCGAGCCACCCCCUCAGCCCCCUGGGUCGCUGUGCCUCUAGACGGGGCCCCUGAUCUCUGUUUUGCCUCUGGCUGGGUGGUCUUGCCUGGUCAGGCAAGUUCUGACAGUGUCGCCCUCCCAGGGCCUUUAAGGAAAGUAUUUUUGCAUCUCUCUCUGUCUUGUUUUUUUAUCGACUUGUUAAUAAAAGACUUUGUAGUGA